GAGUCAAUUUCAAGCGCCUGCAUAACUAAUAAGGAAGAUGGCAGGAUCGCUGUCACUCCCAGACACAGAGAUUGUCAAAUAUCUCUGUGCCUGUAAAAAAUGGAACACUCUGUAUAGACUCUACUUAUGUCGACAUUGCUUUAAGAUCAGAUGCAGUGACUGUGUUCUCCAUGAGGUUGAUUCCCCUUAUUGUCCAAACUGUCUGGAGAACAUGCCUUCAGCAGAAGCAAAAUUAAAGAAAAACAGAUGUACCAACUGUUUUGACUGUCCAAGUUGUGGCCACACCCUUACCACUAGAGCUACAAGUCAGAUGGUAUCAAACCCAGAUGAUCCGGGAAAGUCCACUCCAAAGAAGAUGUACUACCUUGCCUGUGGCUUCUGUAGGUGGACGACAAGAGAUGUAGCUAUCCCUGAUAAACCUGUUGCAAGUGGCGCAUGGGAGGACCUGGCAAAUCCUGAUGCUGCAAGGAUUACAGCAUUGAUGGAAUAUUAUCAACAACUUGCACAGAAGGAGAAGGUGGAGAAGGAGAGAAAGAAGUAUACACGAAGGCGAAGCCAUCUGAUGUAUGCUGCAAGCAUGGACAAAUAUGGAUUGGUGUCUGUAGCAGCCAAACGUAAGGGAUUGAUGCCUCCAGGACCAAACCCUGUAUUAAAGGAACAUGAGGAGACAACUGUAAGAACAAUUCAAGAAGCUGAGACUGUCAGUGAGUUUCCUCCCUUGUCAGAUGACUUCUUCACACAGCCAGUGCAGUUGGCUAAAAAGACAACAAUCAGUCAGAGACUAGCUAGUCCAGAGUUUCAACCCUCAGAAGCUGUCGAUUUAUAUCCUAGACAUAAACAUCUACUUAUACGUAGGUCGCUGAGAUGUAAGGAAUGUGAACAUAAUUUAAGCAAACCGGAGUUCAACCCGCUGUCUAUCAAGUUCAAGAUACAGCUUAUUGCUCUGCUUCACAUCCCAGAGAUAAGAGUUGUACAGCCUGGAGAACUGAAGUUUAAGAAGGAUACAAAGGUUGUUUUGACAUUCUCUAACCCUGCCAAUACCAACACGAAGAUACAGUUUUUACAAGCUGAAGCAGCUGAAGGAGAAUCAGUCACUGCUAAGAUUGAGCUACCGAAGAAGGAGUUGAUACUUGCCCAUCGUGAUGAUACUACAAUGUACGAUGAUUUACAUGCACAACAGGACUUUAAGGAUGACUCCAGUGUGGUAUCAUUCCGUAAAGCUAACAAACUAGGAGUGAUCUUCAAAGUAACACCCCUGGUACAGGAUGGAGAUAUCAAGGUGUGUUUCAUACUGAAGCACAAUUAUGUAAACACUGCCGCUGCGCUACCCAGUGAAAACCAAGAACCGCAGAUAGUCUGGCUCGAACACCGGGUAGUUGUCAACCUUGGAACAGCCCUUCCUUCUAAAUGAUACCAGUGACUUUUCAUUGUAGCAAUAAGAUGACUGUGUUCUUAACUUAAAUACGUGUAGUUGCAUUAAGUGGGCUUAGGACAUUAUGGUGUUAGUUGCAUUUGAAAAUGCUUAUUUGUUUUUUGUAACAGAAUAAAUAUCUGUAAAUUUAUAUUCCCAUUUCGAGUCUAUUUAGUGCUAAACAGACAUUUGAUCAUGCUUAAGUUGUUGUCAUAAUUUUUAACACCUGAGUCACCUUCAUUACUCAUCCGCAUGUUUUAAUUAUUUAUUUCACAUACAAGGUGACACAGACAUCAUUGUAGACUACCUUCACACUGACACAAAAACAUUAUGGAAAAUGAACAUAGUAAUUGAAGUGACUGGAUUACAGGGAAGAACAAUAAUUCAUUAUAAAAUAUGGCCCUUGUUUGUAUCAAAGGAAAAUGAUGCUUUAAAAAACAUCACUUUGGGGACUAAUCAGGUUUGGUAGGGUUGCAUUAUAUCUGUCUGCCCAGCCACCUCUAGUGUUUUACUUUAUGUGGUCUUUUCUGUGUUCUGCAUUUAGGGGUUCUAAAAAUGAAUUUCAGAAAUGAAAAAAAAAAAACAAACCAUAGAUGGGUAUUGUGUGACCAAAUUCCAUUUUUCUUGCAAAGAGCUUAAGUCUAAAUGUGUGCAACUUGAUAUUGUGAUAGAACCCUUUGCUAUACAUAUCUACAGUUACAUCAGACAAAGUUGUAUAAUAUGCUUGUAUGUUGUGAAAAUCAAUAGCUGUUUAGGUUAUUGUAAGUUUAUGAUUUUAGACCAUGUAAAAUUAGAUCAGCAAUCCUAUUGUUAAAAUAUAAAAGAGCAGUUUGGCAAUAUGAUCAUCAAUUAUUGUGUGCAGAUUAAAGUUAGACAAAGCAUUAUUUUUAAACCAUAUCUGUUUUUCUUGUGUUUAUUGUUUUCUUUGACAUUCAGAGGUGUUUUGUUUCAAAAGGACUUACAUGACUAAAACUGUCACUGUAUUUCAUAUACAGUAAAAUCCAGUUGUGGCAAACUUCUGAGGACCAGCAAAAUCUGUCUGUUAUAUAGCGAAUUAGUUCCUUAUAAAAUACAAGUAGUAUUAUUUGCAUUACAAACAUGUAUGUAUAAGGAACUGAUUUAUCUUGCCUUGAAUUUCUUCUUGUUGCUAAAAGUGCACAAAUAGUGUAGUUUAUUUGAUUGACCUACCAUUUGAUUAUUUAUAUUCUACUAGUCUCCUUUGAGAAGAGCUGAAUAGUUAACUGUAACUCAUUUUCAUAAUUUGAUCAAGACCGCUUUAAGACAUACAGAACUCAUUAUGAGAAAGCAUAUUGUAGAGCAACACUUAUAUUAUCAGCAGCUAUUAUGUUUUUGCUGUAUCUUAUUUUUCAGAAUUGGGAAAUGAAAAUACGUUCCUUAUAUCUGGUAAUUCACUGUUCAAUCAUAAUUUUAACAUGUCCAAAACAUUGCGGAAUGAUACUUAUUUCACUUGGGUAUUGAUUACAUUUUACUCGGACUUUAUCAUAGACUCCCUGUGUAAAAUCUCAAACUUUUAACUGAAGUGAAGUGGAUAUAAUGUUUCAAUGAAACUUCAAAAUUUUGUUGUUUGUAGCAUUUUCUGGGGCAUGUACAGUGAAAAAUCUUAAUUUGAUUUUUAAAAUAGUAUGAUAUUCAUUUUUAACGUCACUAUAAUAUUAUGUUCAUUGUAAAUAUACUUAGUUAUACCCAAGUGGAAACUGGCAGGUACUCGAAAAUGCAGCUCUCUGAUUGGUCAGUUAGAACCCCUAAUGUACUAUGAUGUCAUGAUAAAGUUAUGAAUAACCAUGUUCUUUGUAACCAUUUUAUGUUGCAUAGAAUAAAGAAAGGGAAAAUUGGGACAUUUGAAAUUAUUCUUUGUUUGUUGAAAUUAUUGAAAUUUGUUAUAACCAUGUUCGUUAUAAGUGAUAUUUUAAGGCAUUUACAUGUAAAUACAUACACAAAGUUACUAUAGAACAAAGCAAAUGCCAGGCAAGUUUUCACAAUAUCAAAUAACUCUUCCCAGGAAUGAAAGCUCAAAGAAAAAACAGUGUUGGAGGCACAGGAGUAAUAAGUACAUGUACAUAAUGCUGUUUUUUUUGCUGCUUUAUUUAAUUCGUUUGAUAUUAUUAUUAUCCAUCAAUCCAUAGAUCUGUCCUUCAAGGUUUUGACCAGUAGGUAUCUCCUAAACCACAUGUAGAUUUUUAUGAACAUUUGUUAAACAUUCACCUGUGAAGAUGAUGUGAAGAACCCAUGUCCCACAUGUUCCAGAUCAAAGUCAAGGUCAGAACUGAUGAGCUUUGGAACUUGGGUCUAAUCUGUAUACCUUAAAGCGCUUUAAGAUCUGUAUGAGCCUUGGCUCGAGUGUUCGCCUCAUUUAUAUGUGAUGAUGGCAUAUUACAAUUGUGCAGUUCCAGGUCAGGUUCAGAAGUUGAUAAGAUAAAUACAUAACUACUACAUAUCUAUUACGGAACUUUGAAAGUUGAAUUUUCUGGUGAAGAAUACAUUGCAACUACCUCAGCUCAAGAUCAUGGUCACAGUUCAAGGUCAGUAGUCAGGUGCCUGUAUUUCUUGUACCACUUGAAGUUAACAUGAAUUGACAAAACCAUAUGUAACAAAUUGGAAUGUCAAUUUAUUUAUUUGAUUGUGAACUAGUCCUGUUCUAUUGGAAACUAUCUUUGGUUUAUAAGGUAAAUUCAUCAUUUAAUUUUGCUAUAAAUGACAAAACUAUUUUCUGUUACUUUAUUCCGAUAUUUUGGAAAAUAAUUGACCAUUAUAUGUGCAGUUUUUGUGUGCAUUUCUUGACAUAGGAAGAUAGAAAAAUAAGAUUGAUUAAAGAGCACAUGAGAUUAAAAACUGUGUACAUCAAGUCUAUUUUUAGCUCACCUGUCACAUAGUGACAAGGUGAGCUUUUGUGAUCACCCUUCGUCCAUCGUCAGUCCGUCCGUGCGUCAACAAUUUCUUGUCUGCACGAUAGUGGUUUCAUUUAUGAUUUUAUUUUAACCAAACUUGCACACAACUUGUAUCACCAUAAGAUCUCGGUUCCUUUCUUGAACUGGCCAGAUCCCAUUAUGGGUUCCAGAGUUAUGGCCCCUGAAAGGGCCAAAAUUAGCUAUUUUGACCUUGUCUGCACAAUAGCAGCUUUAUUUAUGAUUUGAUUUUUACCAAACUGGCACACAACUUGUAUCACCAUAAGAUCUCGGUUCCUUUCUUGAACUGGCCAGAUCCCAUUAUGGGUUCCAUAGUUAUGGCCCCUGAAAGGGCCAAAAUUAGCUAUUUUGAUCUUGUCUGCACAAUAGCAGCUUUAUUUAUGAUUUGAUUUUUACCAAACUGGCACACAACUUGUAUCACCAUAAGAUCUUGGUUCCUUUCUUGAACUGGCCGGAUUCCAUUAUGCGUUCCAGAGUAAUGGCUCCUGAAAGGGCCAAAAUUAGCUAUUUUGACCUUGUCUGCACAAUAACAGCUUCAUUUAUGAUUUGAAUUUAAUCAAACUGGCACAAAACUUGUGUCACCAUAAGAUCUCGGUUCCUUUUUUGAACCGGCCAGAUUCUAUAAUGGGUUUCAAUGUUAUGGUCCCUGAAAGGGCCAAAAUUAGCUAUUUUGACCUUGUUUGCACAAUAGCAGCUUCAUUUAUGAUUUGAUUUUAACCAAACUUACACACAACUUUUAUUACCACAAGAUCUUGGUUCUUUUCUUGAACUGGCCAGAUUCCAUCAUGGGUUCCAGAGUUAUGGCCCCUUAAAGGUCCAAAAUUGGCUAUUUUGGCUUUUGCAGCCAUAUAGAGACUUCAUUUAUGGUUUUAUUUGAUACAAACUUCCAAAAUAUCUUCAACAACAAUAAAUCUUGGAUUCCGUGACAAAUCAGAUCCAAUUGUAGGUUCCAGAGUUAUUUUAUAUCCGAUUACCUCCCCUGAUUGUAAUCAAAAUGGAUUUAUAUCAGUAAGUCCUUAUAGGACUUAUUUGAAAUUUCAUUAUUGUCAUUAGUUUGACUGAGCCAAUCAUGGUAGAUAACCAUGGACUGAUUUUAUGUCAAAUUACCUCCCUUUAUUUCAAAUUAAAAUGGGUAUAUCUCCAUAACUAAUGAAGAUACUGAUCUGAAAUUUCAUUUAUGUCAACAGAUUUAUUUGGCAGAUCCUUCUUUUGUUCACUUACAAUAAUUCUUUUUUUAAUUACUUCCCUUUUACAUUACUAUAAAUAGCUAAUUUUUAGUAACUUUUUUAUUAUUGGCCGUAGGGAAAAACUGAGACCACUUUUCUGUGGUACAACAUGGAUGGUACCUCCAAUUUUUAGGUGUAUUUUGACAUAUCUGUACCUUGUAAGAAUUUUUUUUUCUUUUUGGUUGAAUUUCUUCCCUUUGUUGUUCCUGUCCUUUGGGCUUAGAUAUUUUUUCUGAGGACCUUCUUGUCCUCAAGUGCAAUGAUAACAGGUGAGUGAUAUAGGGCCAUCAUGGCCCUCUUGUUGAUAUCUGUUAUUAUUUAUUGUUAGAUGUUUGUACACGAUGAAUGUCAGUUGUACAUGUAGUUUAAGGGCUAAUCGUAAAACUAGUGUAUCGCCUCUGUCUAUAUGUAGUACAAGAACUUCUUAAUCAACCAUCAAUUUAGAUAUCUGACCUUUGUGUUGUUAAAUGUGUAUAAAGGCUUGCAAUAUAGGCCUACGUUAAAUGUGUGUACAUUGUAUGGUUGUGCUUUUUAGCUCGACUAUUCGAAGAAUAAGUAGAGCUAUCCUACUCACCACGGCGUCGGCGUCGGCGUCACACCCUGGUUAAGUUUUUCGAAACCAGUCCACAUUUUGACAAAAUCUUUUGAGAUAAAGCUUUGAAACUUUCAACACUUGUUUACCAUCACCAUGUCCAGUUAUAGGCAAGAGUACAUAACUCUGUCAAGCAUUUUGACUGAAUUAUGGCCCCUUUUGACUUAGAAAUCUUGGUUAAGUUUUUCGUACCAGUUCAUAUUUUGACAAAGUCUUUUGAGAUAAAGCUUUGAAACUUUCAACACUUGUUUACCAUCACCAUGUCCAGUUAUAGGCAAGAGUACAUAACUCUGUCAAGCAUUUGACUGAAUUAUGGCCCCUUUUGACUUAGAAAUCUUGGUUAAGUUUUUCGUACCAGUUCAUAUUUUGACAAAGUCUUUUGAGAUAAAGCUUUGAAACUUUCAACACUUGUUUACCAUCACCAUGUCCAGUUGUAGGCAAGAGUACAUAACUCCAUCAAGCAUUUUGGUUGAAUUAUGGCCCCUUUUUGACUUAGAAAUCUUGGUUAAGUUUUUCGUACCAGUCCACAUUUUGACAAAGUCUUUUGAGAUAAAGCUUUGAAACUUUCAACACUUGUUUACCGUCACAAUAUCCAGUUGUAGGCAAGAGUACAUAACUACAUCAAACAUUUUGACUGAAUUAUGGCCCCUUUUGACUUAGAAAUCUUGGUUAAGUUUUUCGUACCAGUUUAUAUUUUGUGUAAAGUGUUUGACAUAUGGCUUUGAAACUUUUAUAUCUUGUUCAGUAUAAUAGUCUCUAUCAAUAGGCAAGAGUACGUAACUCUCUCGUCUUUUUUGGCUGAAUUAUGGCCCUUUUUGAACUUGGAAACUGGUUCUGUUUUGUAAAUGUCCAUGUUUUGUCAAGACUAUUUGACAUAUGGCUUUUAAACUUUAAACACCUGUUUAUCAUUAUGAUUUCCAUCUCUAGGCAAGAGUACAUAACUCUGACAACUAUUUUGACUGAAUUAUGGCCCUUUUUGGACUUUCUAAUUUGUUCAGUUUUUCUUACAAGUCAGCGUUUUGUCAAAACUAUCUGAACUGUGGCUUUGAAACUUUUAACACUAGUUUAUCAACAUGAUUUCCAUCUGUAGGCAAGAGUACAUAACUCUGUCAACUAUUUUGACUGAAUUAUGGCCCUUUUUGGACUUGGAAAUUAGUUAAAUUUUUCAUAUAAGUCCAUGUUUUGCCUAACAUAUAACUUAACAUAUUUGCCAUCAUGGUCACACAUUGCCAUUUAGUGCAAGACUAAUCAAAAUCCACAAAUACAGGAACAUUUUUUGUUUAAUCCAUUUUUUUUGUUUAGUCUGAAAAUCUAUGGAAAUAUUUUGACCCCAUUCUUCAAUCAAUUCUUCGAAUAGUCGAGCGCGCUGUCAUCCGACAGCUCUUGUUUCCUCAUGAUAUCUGUGAAGAAAAAGUUUGCAUUGUUCCACACAGGAAAAACUUAAAUGACUGAGCUAACAGAAGUCUCUGUAAGGGACAAAAAAUAAAAUUGAUUUUAUAUACAUAUUGACUUACAUGAUAGUUUCAACUGUGAGGUAGUUCUUUUUAAUACAAUGUAACAAAUACUCUUGUAAAAGGUAUUGAUAAAAAGCAAACAGUAAUGAUUAGAAUUUAUGUAGGAGUGUUUAACAUACCCCAAAAAAUCCCCAGUUAUCUUUGUAUCUGUUGGUGACUGUAUUAUAUUGUUGAAUUACUUUUAUCUCUAUUACUUUGGGAUUCCCAUACCUAUGCCACUAUAUCGAGCUUAUCUAUAUGGUUUAAUGUAUUAUGUAAUGAAUUUAUUAGAGGUACCUGGAAAAUGAAAAGAAAUGAAUUUUUUCGCUAAUAAAUGGAUAAACAUG